AAAAUUUUGAGAAUUUUUCAUUUGGGUGCCAUGUCUCUCUCUUGGCUCACUAAAUUCCCUCAAAAUGUUUUUCUUUCCCAUCAUCAGAGCAGCAUGAAGACCCUGCCUGGUCGCCUGUUUCUCUGUUUGCUGUUGCUGGAGGUCGGCGUCUCCAAGCCAUUGAACGAAACCAGCACUUUAGAACCGGGAAAAGUAGCAUUUGAGCGCUACAAUACGUUUAAGGUACAGCACAUCGAUAAGAAAAUGACUGUGCAGAAAUGCACGGCAGUGAUAAAACAGAAAAAUAUCUACAGCAACGACAACGUCUGUAAGGCGACGAACACGUUCAUCCUUGCUGAUCCAAACGAGGUCAAAUCCAUCUGUGAGGGUGAAGGAGAUAAUCUGUGUAAAAGUCAUCUGACGAAAAGUAAAAGACAGUUCAGUGUUGUCAUUUGUACGCGGACUAAAUGUGCCCAGAAACUCAGAUGUGAAUAUGAGGGGAAGCUGUACAGAAACAGAUUUGUGUUGGUGCAGUGCUCAGGUGUUCCUGUUCAAUAUGCAGAGAACAUUUUAGAUGUUGAAGAAUAAAUAUUCUCUGAACAUUGCAGAGCUUCGUAACCUGAAGCAUUUAACAAAGUUACGCUCCACAUAUGUCUAUCUGCUCUUGAAAGUCCUACUGUUUCAAUUUCUUAUGCAUUGUACAAAAAAAUGCUUGUAUCGCUUUAUGCGAUACAAAUAAAUAAAUAAACUUGGUAUAACACA